UCGAUAUCGACGAAUUAUAUUCGUUUAUAUAUCUUGACCGGAAGCUCUGACGGAUCGAUCCCCGAAAACACCCACUGGUGAAUAAUUUACCGAUGAUGUGAAAAGUUCCAAUACUUCCUCAAAGGCUAGCUAAGAGCUUUAAAAAUGAUAGGGGGUUUGUUUAUAUACAACCAUAAAGGAGAAGUCCUUAUCUCCAGAGUGUACAGAGAUGAUAUUGGGCGCAAUGCAGUGGAUGCCUUCCGAGUGAAUGUCAUCCAUGCUCGGCAGCAAGUUAGGUCUCCUGUCACCAACAUUGCAAGGACAAGUUUUUUUCAUAUCAAGAGGUCGAACAUCUGGUUGGCUGCGGUCACUAAGCAGAAUGUCAAUGCUGCUAUGGUGUUUGAGUUUCUUCACAAAAUGACUGAUGUUAUGGCCGCCUACUUUGGCAAGGUCACGGAAGAAAAUAUCAAGAACAACUUUGUUCUCAUCUAUGAGAUACUGGAUGAGAUUCUUGACUUUGGUUACCCCCAGAAUACAGACACUGGAAUCCUGAAAACAUUCAUCACACAACAAGGUGUCAAAUCUCAGACUAAGGAAGAGACCAGCCAAAUCACCUCCCAAGUUACAGGCCAGAUCGGCUGGCGUCGGGAAGGCAUCAAGUACCGACGGAACGAGCUCUUCCUGGAUGUUCUGGAGUCUGUGAACCUCCUUAUGUCACCACAGGGCCAAGUGUUGUCAGCCCACGUAGCGGGUCGCAUCGUUAUGAAGUCUUAUCUAUCUGGAAUGCCUGAGUGCAAGUUCGGCAUCAAUGACAAGGUUCUCAUGGAGAGCAAGGGGGGUAAAUCUGGGCAGGAUGAGGGACGUGGAGGGUAUGUCAAGAGCACCUCAGGUGCCUCCUCGACAAAGACGUCUAUCGCCAUUGAUGACUGUCAAUUCCACCAAUGUGUGAAACUGAGCAAGUUUGAAACAGAACAUAGUAUCAGCUUUAUACCUCCAGAUGGAGAGUUUGAACUGAUGAGGUACCGCACAACCAAGGACAUCAGCCUACCGUUCAGGAUUAUCCCCCUUGUGCGAGAGGUUGGUCGCCAAAAGAUGGAAGUGAAGAUUGUUGUGAAGUCAAACUUCAAACCCUCGCUCCUGGCACAAAAAGUUGAGGUUCGCAUCCCAACCCCCCUGAACACCAGUGGCGUACAGGUGAUAUGUAUGAAGGGAAAGGCGAAAUACAAGGCUAGUGAAAACGCCAUCGUCUGGAAGAUCAAGCGUAUGGGAGGAAUGAAGGAGUGUCAGCUGAGUGCAGAGAUUGAGCUGUUGAACACGAACGACAAACGAAAGUGGACCAGGCCUCCCAUCUCCAUGAACUUUGAGGUACCAUUUGCACCAUCGGGCUUCAAGGUUCGCUACCUGAAGGUGUUUGAGCCCAAGCUGAACUACAGUGACCAUGAUGUUAUCAAAUGGGUGCGCUACAUCGGGCGCAGCGGCCUCUAUGAGACAAGAUGUUAGUCUGCUUGUGACUCCCAACACCUGCCAGCAUGUCUUGGGCGAUUGAAAGACUUAAACUGAACAAACAACAUAGAUGAUAUAGAAUUGAGAUAUUUCUGUAAAAAAUCAUCUGGAAAAGCGUUAUCUAAACAAAAUACAUCCACUCAGAUACAUGAUGAAAGGUUAUAAUUUGACUUUGAAAACGCUCAGUCGUUGAUUUUUAAUUUAUCUUUUUAGUUAUGAGGUUGCUCUUCUAUGAUUAAAAUAUGUGAACUUAUUCAGUUUGUACCAAAGGAUUUUUGAAACAUAAACCUAUUAAGGAAGGCUUUCCUUAGGUUUUCUAGAUAACAGCACUAAGUACAGUAUAUUGCAUGGCCAAAAAGGUUUGAAGCCAUGAAUUUUUCUAUUGGACCGCAAAUAAUUUAACCAGCCUUAAGCCGUCAAACUAGUGCAUGGUGCACAGAUGGACAUUGCUUUGGCGCAAUCAAUUGUUAACAUUUUAGAGAUAAAAGUUUUUUUGGACUACAGUAUUUUUGAAAAAAUGUAAAAUUUUAAUUCAUAUAAUAGAUAUUUAACUUUUGUUCAGAAUGUUAUGUAUGCGGUUGCUGCCCUUGACUCUUGGAAGUUGGCUAUAUUUACAAACAUUAAAAGAGGCCAGACUUUGGAUUAAGGCUUGAUGCAAUAUGUUUAGAAUAAUGAAUUUUGUUGAGUGUUUUCACAAUAUAUGUAUACAUUGUCAAUAGCUAGUGGACUGGUGUAUGUGUAUAUGAUUUUUCUCUUCAUUUUAAUUCAUUCAUUUACAUGUACCUACUGUAGUUAUGAAUAAAAAAAAACAUGAAAAAAUAUUCAGUUAUUUACUUUGUGAAAUAUUGGCAAUGUAUAGCAAAUAAAAUGGUUUCUUAUUUAUUUAUCAAAUGUUUAAUUAAUCACACAUUCUGUAUUUUGGUUCAUAUAGGAUAUUGAGAGUUGAGCCUAUGAAAGAAAUUACAUAAUUGUAAAUUCUGUUGUUAAAAUGGUUUUGCCCAUGAAUAUAAUGAGAGUUCAAGUAAGCAAGUAUAUAUACGAUUUAUCAGUGUACUUUUGAUUUAAUUGUUAUAUUUCACAAAGACCGGGCCCCAAUACCACGAAAUACUUAAGUCAAAUCUCAAACUCAGGCUCAACACAUUAUACCACAUAGCAUCAAAAUUCAUUAAAAAUCAUAUAUGUUUUUUUUACAGUUUUAUAAGCACAUUCUAUCAUAGAAUAUGCUGAAAAAAGCCUUUGGUCAAAUUCCAAGGGAAAUCUAUUCUACAGCCAAAAUUGUAUAUGAGUACAAUUCUGUAUUAAUUAUAAAAUACUCGAGUAUAUUUUUUGCUCUAGAAUUUGUUUUCUUUGAAAUAGUGAAAAAAUCUUUUUAACAACAAAUUCUAUAAGAAAAUAUGUUUUCAAAAAGUAUAAAACACGGAAGAUUUUGAAGAAAAUUAUGCUUUAAUAUAGUGAAAUGAGUUGAGACUUAGUUUGAGAUUUGACUUAAGUAUUUUCGUGAUAUUGGGGCCUGGUUGCAAUAUUCUCUUUAAAUGACAUAUCCUCAAUAGAUAUUAUUUAACAAUAAUUUUGACUUGAUGAAACUGACAAAAACAUUUUGGCCACAUAAUGCGCAAUCAUUCAGUAAAUAUUUUGGUACUCUUGUAAUCCAACAUCUGUUCUGAAGAAGUAGAAAACUAAUAAUAUGGACAAUUUGACAAUAGAUAUUUGCACUCUCUGAUUUUAUCAAUAUAUUGAUGGAGUCUUCAAUAUUGCCCACUCAUGUUCAAUUUUAUUGUCAUUAACAUUUAUCAUGGAAAGACUCUAAGUCCUAGUUUCAGACUUAAGACUGCAAAUCUUAAUUUCGUCAUAAAUUUGCUCCUAGAACAGUUGGUAAGAUGGUAAAAUUUGUUACAUACUGAAUUAUAAAUGACCCAGAUGUGUGUUUUACAAUGACGUACACAGAAAUGAUAUGAAUGAUGUGUUUGGCAUUUUAAAUCUAGUUAUUAUGAACAUUUCUUAAACAAGGGCUCGAAUAUUGGCUCAGUACAUGUAUAAACAUUCCCAAUGUCGUUGCUUCAUAGUGCUAGAAAUUGUCAUCAAGUAUUCUGGUAUUUCUUAUACAUUCUGUUGUGUAUUUACUGUGUUGUAAAAUUGGCAUUCAGACCGAAGUUACAUGUGUAUUUAAUGUGUAUACUGCAUGCAUACAUUUAGAAAUUAUGAUUUAAUUUCAUUGCUUAAGACCUGUGUUAUAUACUCUGUUCAGUUAUGAUGUUAAACAUACCUUCGGUUAAAUAUGUAUGUAAGUAUGUAUUAAGACUAGAAUAUAAUGUAAAUAUGUAAAA